CUCUGGGGGCGGAGCCGGCGCUGCGCUGCGCUGCGCGCGGAGGCUGCCGGGAGCGGAACUCGGCCGCGGCGGAUGUUGACAGUGAGGACCCACAACAGGCUGGGUGGCCCGCUGAGGAAGAUAGCACUGUAUCAAAAUGGCUGAUGAUAAUGAAGAGCUGCAGGCAGAUGAAGAGCUCCCAGCUCCAGCUGAGGACAACUUUGAGCAGCUGGAGAACAGCAGCCCCGCAGAGCGCAGUGGGCACGUAGCAGUCACUGAUGGACACUGCAUGUUUGUCUGGGGAGGCUAUAAGAAUGCUCAAGUUAGGGGAUUUUAUGACUUCUAUCUGCCUAGAGAUGAAAUAUGGAUCUACAGCAUGGAAACUGGAAGAUGGAAUAAAAAAAAAACAGAGGGGGAUGUUCCACCUUCCAUGUCAGGCAGUUGUGCUGUGUGUGUAGACAAAGUAUUGUAUUUAUUUGGAGGGCAUCAUGCACGUGGCAAUACAAACAAGUUCUACAUGUUAAACUCCAGAUCCAAGGACAAAGUGUUGCAGUGGGUUAGAGUAGAAUGUCAAGGUGUUCCCCCCUCAUCGAAGGACAAACUUGGAGUUUGGGUUUAUAAAAAUAAGCUAAUAUUUUUUGGAGGUUAUGGUUAUUCGCCUGAAGGGAUACCAAUAGGAACUUUUGAAUUUGAUGAAACCUCUUUUUGGAACUCAGGUCAGCCUAGAGGAUGGAAUGAUCACGUACAUGUUCUGGACACUGAAACCUUUUCUUGGAGCCAGCCCAUAACCACGGGUAAAUCCCCCUCACCCCGAGCAGCCCAUGCCUGCGCUACAGUUGGGAACAGAGGCUAUGUGUUUGGAGGCAGAUACCGAGAUUCUAGAAUGAAUGAUCUUUAUCAUCUUAAUUUGGACACAUGGGAGUGGACUGAAAUAAUUACACAAGGCAUUUGCCCAGUAGGCCGAUCUUGGCAUUCCUUAACUCCAGUUUCAUCAGAUCACCUAUUUCUCUUUGGAGGGUUUACCACCGAUAAGCAGCCACUGAGUGAUGCUUGGAUUUAUUGUAUCAGUAAGAAUGAGUGGAAACAGUUUGAGCAUAAUUAUUCUGAAAAACCAAGGCUGUGGCAUACAGCUUGUGCUAGUGAAGAAGGAGAGGUGAUUGUUUUUGGUGGCUGUGCCAACAACUUGCUUGCCCAUCACAAAGCAGCUCAUAGUAAUGAGAUACUUGUGUUUUCUCUGCAACCAAAAUCUCUUGUAAGGCUGUGCCUAGAAGCAGUCAUUUGCUUCAAAGAGAUAUUAGCCAACUCAUGGACCUGCCUCCCAAAGCACUUGCUUCACAGUGUCAAUCAGCGGUUUGGAAGUAACAAUACAUCUGGCUCUUAAGACUUCUGCUAUCAGUUACUUCUGUGAACAACCUGUGCAUGGAUGAGCAAUUCUAAAGGAUGUAAUAAUUUUACCAACCACGUGUGGCAGAUGUGAGACUUGUAUAAAUAUCUGCAUUGUCCUUGGUAGUAGCUUGUUGGUUGUAAGUUGCAUGUGAAUGGCUUAGAGAGAACUUAUUUUUGUGUAAAGAUGUUUGCAAUAAAUGUAUUUAAUGCAAGUUGAAA